AUGAACGAUCGUUCGCCCUCAAAUAAGUAUCUCAAUGCCAUAAGCCCUACCUUGAAACUGGUCUCUUUUAAUAAAAAUAUGUCCAUACCUGAUUUAAUUAGAAAAUUCUGUCAAGAAUCUGAUCACGACUCACUUUCUGUGUCUAUUUUUACUGUUGGCCUCGCCUACAGUCAGAUUAGUGAUCGCUUAAAAAGUCAGCGCUAUAAAUAUUGGACACGAGGGGAGGGACGUUUUGGGUACCUUUUGAGAAAGAGAGCUACCCAAUGCUCUUUAUUGGAGAGGGGUUUGAACUGCGCGAUGGAAUCUGCUAAAGAAGUUGAGAAAGCAGUGAAGUUGUCCAAACACUUCAAGGAGACAGUGACAAAUUAUUCAAAGAGAAUGGAAAAAUUUGAAAACUACAUGAAACGACUUGGUACUGAAAGCUACCGCUAUCCUCAAUCGGAGAUUAUUUCGUUGUCAAAUUUUAUACGCCUCAUUCUUGAAGACAACAAAAAAGUUGAGGAGUUAAUAGUGGAAAUGGAACCGCUUUUCAAAGAAUACGAAAACCAGUUUCGGCUUUUAGAGCCAAUACUUUUGCAGUUCGCAAGUGAGGAUGUUAAAGAACCCACUGAACUUCUUCGUGAAAUAGAAAAACUAUACAAUGCAUUGGCUCCAAAAAUGAAGACAACUAAGAUACUCACAGACAGAAUUGAAAUCUUCUAUGAGAAUGCGAUGGGGCACAAGGUGGCGAUGCUCAUGGAGCAAGAGCUAGGGAAAAGCGAAAAUCACGACUCUACAGAUUCUCUGGCAGCAAUUGUAGAAAAACCAAAAAAAAGAACAGAAUAA